AUGCUUUCAUCUUUGCACCCUUUUGUCUCUCUCUCUCUCUCUCUCUCUCUCUCUCUCUCUAUCUAUCUAUCUAUCUAUCUAUCUAUCUAUCUAUCUCAGUCUUUUCGUAUCUAUCUAUCUAUCUAUCUAUCUAUCUCAGUCUUUUCAUAUCUAUCUAUCUAUGUCAGUCUUUUCAUAUCUAUCUAUCUAUCUAUCUAUCUAUCUAUCUAUCUAUCUAUCUAUCUCAGUCUUUUCACAUCUAUUUAUCCCAAUCUGUUAAUAUCUGUCACAGUCUGUUCAUAUCUAUCUAUCUAUCUAUCUAUCUAUCUAUCUAUCUAUAAAUUUAUGUUUCAAAGUAUUUCAGUCCAUUCCAAUCUAUCUAUCUAUCUAUCUAUCUAUCUAUCUAUCUAUCUAUCUAUUGGGAUCUCUUCAAUCUAUCUAUCUAUAUGCUUCAAUCUGAAUACAUCAGUCCGUUUCUAUCUAUCUAUCUAUUCGGAUCUCUCUCUCUCUCUCUCUCUCACUUAUGUCUCAGUUUUUUUUAAUAUCUAUCACAAUGUGUUAAUAUCUAUCACAAUCUUUUCGUAUCUAUCUUUCUAUCUACCUAUUUCAUUCUAUUCAUAUCGUAGUAAUCGAUUUUCUUCUAUCUCGAUAAAUAGUAUUGAGUUCCUAUCUAUCGAUCUACCAUCUUUCUUAAUAUCCGACCAAUAUUCUCUGAUGAUCCUUAUCAAUCUCUAA